AUGGGAGAUUCGUUCUUCGUCCUCGACCAUGAGCGCUUCGCCCAUGAGGUGCUGGGGAGAUGGUUCAAGCAUCGAAAUUUCAGCUCCUUCGUACGUCAGCUGAACAUGUAUGGCUUCCACAAGAUCCCCCAUCUCCAGCAAGGCGUGCUCAAGAGCGACACCGACACCGAGUUUUGGAACUUCGCCCACGCCAACUUCCAUCGCGGCCAGCCUGAUCUGUUGUGUCUCAUCCAGCGGAAGAAGCAGAUGCCACAGAUUGGCGAGGACGGCGCCAUCGAUCUUCGUGACACGAACGCCGGGGUCGUCCUCGGUGCUCCACCAGCCAACCCCGCAGCGACCCAAACGACGACAACCCUCGACGUGCAGUCAAUAGUGAACGGUAUCAAUGCGAUAAAACGGCACCAGACGACCAUCUCCGCGGAGCUGAACGAACUCAAACGCUCAAACCAACUGCUGUGGCAGGAUGCCCUCAAUGCCCGCGCGAAGCACCAGAAACAGCAAGACACGAUCAAUCGUAUAGUCAAAUUCCUUGCUGGUGUGUUUGGGAACCACGUAACGGGUGCGGGUGGAACACCGAAUACUGGUGGGAAGGACGAUGGUGGUGAUCCUGGGAGGCGGAAGAUGAGGCUGAUGAUUGAGGAAGGUCCGAAAAAGAGCAUGAUUGAAGAAUUAACUGAGAUGCCAAUGGAGGACUCCAAUUAUCCCACAAUCGAAACUCCAGGGUCUGAUUCGGCUUCUUCCCCUUCUGAGUCCUCGAAAACAGAAUCCGACACCACCCAAGCACAGCAAGGGAAGCAAAUCUCUCGGGCAGUCACCCCCAAAUUCGAAUUUGACCCCCGUAUGCAUGGCGUCCUCAACUCACUCUCGCCUGCGCAAGUUCAGCAGCUUCUCGCCUCACUUGCUUCUCAAACCCUCUCAGACCCAACACCCACCGCGACUAUCAAUCCCGCUGUGACAACAACCGGCCCACUAACUCAAUACUACCAACCCCCUUCUUUCGACUUCUCCAUGAAUCCUUCCUCACAAACGAAUCAAACGAGUUCAUACACUUCCAGCGCACCUGCCCCGAUCGUUCCUCCCGAAGGUCUCAUCUCAUUCGACCACUAUGAUCCGGGAUCACCCAACCUAGCAAACCUUGGGAUGACGAGCACGGCUCUUGACGAGCAGGCGCAUGAGGAGGAGAUGGAGACUCAGUGGCAGGCGGCAGAGGACAUCGAACACGACGUCAAUGCGUUGAAUACGAGCAUCCAGUCGUUGAUACAGACGUUCGGAUUGGACCCGGCGCUACUAGAAGAUACCAGCAUCCAGUCGGGCCUCAGAGGCGUGACGGAUGGCGACCAGGAGAUGCACGGGCCGACGUCUGACAUCCCUGGGACUGGGACGACCGCUACUGGGACGAACCCCGCGGCAGACUUCGACUUCGAAUCAUUCUUCAACAAUAUUCCCUCUCCGUCUGCAGUCGAUGGUUCUUCGGGGAUGCCAAUCGACUCUGUCGGCGGCACGGGCAUGGACUACGGCGAUCUAAGCACUGCCCAGACUGCGUUCCUUGAUGAAGUGCCGAUGACACCGUCCUCGGACCUGACGGCGUCGCCCGUGCAACCCCUGCGGCAUGUCUCUCCCGAACUCAACCUGGGUACGGCUGGCGUAAAUGCGAGUGGAUCCUCGGGUGCUGGGGGCAAGAACGCGACGGGAGGCAAAAAGAGGAAGUCGGAUGUGAUUCAGGUGGAAUUCGAAACUCCUUCGUUGGAGGUCGCCACGAAGGUUGCUAGUGGGACAAGAUCGAAAAGGAGGAAAGACAAGUGA